AUGGGCCAGGAGCAGUCCAACCUGAUUGAGGAGGACACCCCUCCUAAAAAGCUCUCCCAGCGCAGUCUGUCUGGUAUCGCUGAGUAUAUCAAGCAUGGCUGUCGAGGUCGAAUUGUGGUAAUGACAGGCGCAGGCCUGUCCACUGCUGCCGGAAUACCCGACUUUCGUUCCCCCACGACCGGCCUCUAUGCCAAUCUCGCUCGCCUCAACCUUCCCUACGCCGAGGCCGUCUUUGACAUCUCCUACUUUCGCCAGAACCCCGACCCUUUCUACGUUCUUGCUAAGGAGCUGUACCCGGGCAACUACUCGCCCACCAUCUCCCACGUCUUCAUCGCCCUCCUCGCCAAAAAGAACCUGCUGUCGAUGCUCUUUACGCAGAAUAUCGACUGCCUGGAGCGACAGGCCGGCGUUCCCGCCGACCGCAUUGUCGAGGCCCACGGCAGCUUUGCCAGCCAGCGCUGCAUUGAGUGCGGGCGGUCGUUCCCCGACGAGAGCAUGAAGACCCACGUGGCUCAGGGCAUCGUUCCGCGGUGCACCGACCACAAGUGCGGCGGGCUCGUGAAGCCGGACAUUGUGUUCUUUGGCGAGCAACUGCCUGCGGCCUUCCACGCCAACUGGUCCGUGGCCACCACGGCCGACCUUGUGAUUGUCAUGGGCACGAGCCUCACCGUGCAGCCCUUCGCCAGCCUGCCAGACGCGGGCCCGGACGACACCCCGCGCCUGCUAUUCAACAUGGCGCGGGUGGGCUCGUUCGGCACCCGGUCUGAUGACGUGCUCGAGCUGGGCGACUGUGACUCGGGCGUCAGGAAGCUGGCCGACGAGCUGGGCUGGCGCGACGAGCUCGAGGCCGAGUGGCGGCGGGUCGUCGGCGACAAGGAGGCCGAGAAGCAGCUUCAGAGCCUUCCGGAGCGUGAGGCCGCCCUGCAGGACGAGGUGGAGAACCUGGCGGACCAGGUCGGCUUCGGCCUGAGGAUUGACGACGCCACUUCUCACUCAGAGACCACCAAGUCUGACAGCGAAGAAGACUUUACCGUGGGAUGGGAUGCGGUGGAGCCUACAAGCCGCCUCGGCCGUGUCAUUGACAGUCCUGUUGUAACGACUGCAACGACGGCCUCUCCUCCUCAUGGCUCAGAUAUCACGCAGACUGGCGAGGCUAACAGCCGGGAGGGGGAGGAUCUCGUCGUGGGACGGGAUGCUCUCAAGCCUGCAAGUCUUGGACGUGUCAUCGAUGGUCCGGCUGAUCAACACCGUCCCGAGACCAAGAACGACGGCGCAUCAGUGCCCGAGGUCCCAGCCGGCGAGUCCACAUCAUCGGCCGACCCCCGCAGCCCUUGAGACCAGUGAGGGAGUGAACACGCAUCAACAAGGGAUCAAGGGUGGUGAUACUACUCUGACCAUAUCACCACGAACAACUUGGCGUUGCAAGGGAAAACGACGAUUUGGGGUUUUCAUUUUCAUUCUAUGUUUGGGUGUAGUUUGUUUGCGCGAUCACUGUUGGACAGAUACUACAAGGCUUUGCUGCCCGGCCCCAUCGGGAAUCGUGUUGGUUUGGGACUCAUGAUACCACGCCUUUGCAUCUUGGGCCUGUUCUUGCAUGGUAGAGACCACAUCGGGGUCUCUGGGUUAUGGCGCACCUGGACGACAGGAUCAUGUUUUCACAGAACGGGGCUGCUUGCUGGACGCUCCUGACGGACAGCAGUCUGGUGGCGUUCUUUGGGAUGGUUUUCUUUCUUGAAAGGCAUUUCAUGGGGGAAUAGGAGUUUUCUUUGCUAAUCAACACGACACUCUAUGUGUCUACUGAAUGAACACCACUGAUGAUCUCUCUCUC